AUGCACCCAGAUGAGGGUAAGCUUCCUCUCGAAGUUUUCAGAAUUACCGAAGAAGAACGUGCCUUUUUCGAGGAUCGCCUGGGACCGUUCAACAACUACGCUAACGACCCUGACGCUUCGAAAGCUAAGGUCGCCAAAAUCUGUAGCGCAGCUUGUUCGGCACUGGUCGCCGUUAAUAACGCCGAUGACGAUCGCCGCUCUCACCUGACCGACGCCACGACCGUCUGGCCGCGCUGGUUCCCUACACGCAUUCGGUUCCACGUCCACGACAUGCCUGCAGGAUGGGGACCUGGUCGUCAUGCAGUAGUUUGGGUAGUAGGUUCUAAUAACCUAAUUCAGGUCAAGGUCGUACACGUCAAGCCCAAUUCUCCUGCCCACAGACUGGACGUUACCGCCGAAGCCUUCCGCUGGUCGCACCGGGCUCUACAGCGCGCGUUCACCGCUCACGGUACAGGCAUCGGGAUCGGUCACACCGCUGGCAUCUGCGUACGCCUUGUCAAAACCUCGGCCGCUUCAGAUCCAGUGUAUAAACUAGUGUCUCGUUCCUCUAUGUUUGAAAACCUGCAAACGGACUCGAUCGGUCACCAAGUAAUCAACCUCGUCUUUGGCCGUCCUCGACCGAACGCAGAUCAGCCCCUGCAACUUUGAGACCCUCCCAAUCUUCCACAGGUAGAUUGGACGUUCUCGGUCCAGCAACAAAUGGUAGUCCUCACCCAGGAUCAGAAAGAGGCUGUGCGCCUCGGUUGUUCUAACGAGCCCAUAGUCGGUAUACAUGCAGCCUUCGGCACAGGCAAAACCCUCGUAGGCUCUAUUAUUGCUGCCCUGUCUUCUGAUUCUCCCAACACUACCGUCAUUGUCACGACGUCUACGAACGCGGCGGUAGCCCAGUUCACGGACACGUUGCUCUCUCUGGAUGACUUUUCCCAUCUACGAGUCGUUCGCCACAUUUCAGAUUCAGCCGCAGCCGAAUUUCAAAUCUGCAUUCAAAAUCUGCCAAACGGUUCUCUGAACGAAGUUAUGGAGGUUAUCUCCGGCGAGCGCUCAACAGGGGAAAGCACAAAAGCCAUGGUCGCCGACAGUCCAGCAGUGGCAGCUUGGAAUGGAGGCAAGCGUGACGCUUCACAAGCACGGGACAAGAUCGGGUUUGAUGGGCGGCGGAGACUUUGCAUCAUGCAGAACUUUUUCCUCCAGGUUGUAAAAAUCUUUUUAUGUUAGUUUUACCGCCUUCAGCGACUUUUCAGUUGCUGGAGGCGAGACAGUUCCUACUUAAACCGUCUUCCACUGUUAUCGAUUAGUUUUUGAAAAGGUGGGGGUCGUGGUCAGUUUUCAAAAACGGUAAGCGUUGCUAUGUGGCAAACGCGGCAAAGAAUGGUAUAUAUGGAUGGAUGUAACACUAAAGAGCAAGGAGUAUUCCGGAUCCUGUAGUGUUGAACGCGUCCUUACAAGGAAGGAGCACAAGUUGAUUGAUAGUUUCUCCUCUACCUUUCGGAAUCCCUUUUACGAAGACCUCGAUAUUGAGGACUGCGAUAGGAAGAAGACUGCGUGAUUGAGGACGAAAAGGCCGAUCCACUGUAG